GCUCCGCCUCGCCAUUUCUCUUUCACCAAAGAAUUUGUUCCGAUGGAGACGCCUUCCGUCCGCUUCCCCACACAUGUACAGCUAGCUGAGCGCGCGCGUGAGCAGCGAAGUGACCACGCAACGCAAGCGAGCUCAUCGCCACUUGCGAGGCUCUUCUCUUCUGUUGGCUGCCCACCCACCCAGGGCCUUGGCAAGAUCGAAAUGGAGGUGGGGGCGGCGGCGAGGAGGCGGGCGCGGGCGGCGCAUCAGCAGGAGGAGAUCAGGGAGAGCAAGGCGGGGAGGAGGAAGCGCGGCCCGGUGGAGCUGCGGCGGAUCGAGGACCGGACGAGCCGGCAGGUGCGCUUCUCCAAGCGCCGGAGCGGGCUGUUCAAGAAGGCCUACGAGCUCUCCGUGCUGUGCGACGCCCAGGUCGCGCUCGUCGUCUUCUCCCCCGCCGGCCGCCUCUACGAGUUCGCCUCCGCCGACUCCAGCAUUGAAAAAGUAUUCGGUCGAUACUGGGACCUUGCCAACACAGAAAUUGAUCUCAAUAUUGAGGCACGAGAGUCAAGGGUCAACUGCAAUAUACAGCUUUCUCAGAAUGAGGAGCCAAUUGGAGGCUCGUUAGCUGACCUGCUAAUUAUGAUCGCUCAAGGGGCCAUGGAAGAAAAUCUAAAUGAUCUGAACAUGGCAGGGAUAAGAGGCUUGGAGGAAGCACUAGGCGACGCUCUAGCAGUUAUCAGGAACAAACUGACGAUGAAGGUGACUGGGUGCCUGGGUGGCCCUGAACCUGAAGUAUGCACGUUCUUUCAUCAGCAGUAAAAAGGAAGUUUCAGAUUGUAUGAUACUAGCAUCUUGCUCUGGGUCUACUACGGUUGCUGAUUUCUCUAGCACGGGCACUACAUGAACUGAUGAACAUAUAUUAACUAUGAAACUAGUAACAAUCAGUCUGAAAAUUCGAAGCCAUAUGUUCAAAGAGUGGUGACUUCUGAGGAGAAAAACUCUCUGUUCAUAUGGCUUUUCAAUUAUGUCUAGCUACUAGAACUGGCUAAGCCUGGAUUUGGCUUUCUUCACCAGAAAGAGGUGAAAUCUUUCUGAAGAAUAAAGGGGGCCGUCGUUGACUAGCAGCAUUGUGUAACUCGUCUGUGGUCGGACGUGUUGAAGCUUCUGAGAUUCAUCAAGAGGGCAUGCAUAUAUGGUGCAAUAAUUUCUCUCAAACAUUUGCCCUGUCCAAGUUCAAUGUACAUGUUCGGUA